AUGUAUGUGUUUUGCUUGUUUUUCUUUCUUCUAACAUUCAUGCUGAAGAAAGUUAUGUACUCCAAAUCCAUAGUAGCAUUGUUGAGAGUUGAAAGAUCCAAAAGCAAUAUGGAUACAAAGAUGAACCAUUUGCCGGAAGAAUUAUUAUCCAACAUCCUCUCAAGGCUACCAGCAAGAGAAUUGUUGAAAUGUAAGAUUGUUUGCAAACCAUGGUUCAAUCUCAUAACUGAUCCUUAUUUUAUUAACAGUUACUACUUUUUUUACAACGAUCUUAUUUACUCUCAAAAUCAAGAGAAACUCUUGGUUAUUCAUAGACCGUUUAUUUCCGGUGUCGAAACUUUUAUUUCUCUUUUUUCUUGGAAUUUCAAUUAUCCUAAACAACAUGUUUCCUCUUCUCUUUUAAACCUUCCUGAUGAGUACAACUCAGAUCACCAAUAUUGGAGUGAUAUAAUGGGUCCAUGUAAUGGUAUUUACUUUCUACCAGGAUAUCCAAAUUUCAUGAUGAACCUUUCUCUUAGACAGUUCAAGGCUUUGCCUGAAUCCCAUGUAACAGAUUCAAAGGGAACUUAUUCUCUCACUGAAUUUGCUGGAUUUGGAUUUGAUCCUAAAACCAAUGACUACAAAGUUGUUUUCUUAAAAGACCUUUGGUUGAGGAAAACAGAUGAAAGACAAAAAGGGUAUUGGAACGCUGAGCUAUACAGUCUUAAUUCCAACUCAUGGAGAAAGCUUGAUGCUCAAGAUAUCCCUCUUCCAAUUGAAAUUUCGAGUUCUUCUUCUCAGGUUUAUACUUAUAUGAACAAUUGUUGUCAUUGGUGGGGUUAUGUUGAUAAGUAUGAUGGUAGAAUAGAAGAUGUUGUUUUAGCCUUUAACAUGGUUGAUGAAAUGUUUAGGAAGAUAAAAGUGCCUACAAUAGAGUAUUCUAAUUCUUCAGUUGAAUGUUUUAAAACAUUGCUACCUUUGAAAGAAUCUGAUACUAUUGGUGUUUUGGUUUAUCCUGCAAGAGGAAUAGAGAAAUGUUUUGAUGUUUGGAUGAUGAAGGAUUAUUGGGAUGAAGAGUCUUGGAUUAAGCAAUACAGUGUUGGACCUGUGCCUAUGAUUUCAAAGUUUGUUGGAUUUUAUGGGAGCAAUGAAUUUCUUUGGAAAGGUACAGAUGAAAGGUUGGUAUUGUAUGAUUCUGAGAAACAAAAUACAAUGGAUGUUCAUGAUUAUGGAAAACAUGAUUCAAUAAGAGCUGUUAGAUACAUGGAAAGUCUUGUUUUGCUUCAAAAGGGAAGAGAAAGUGGUCGGUCACCGAUGUUUUUUUUAUGUAGAUUGGUUCAGAUCAUCUACAGAUAUUUUUUUAUGGUGUUUUUUCUUUUCUUUUUUUAUUUCAAGAAAUACAUUGAGUAA